CUAAUGAGCCCUUUGACAACGUUCAGACCGCUUCCGGAUGUCCACAAGCGUACGCCGGAGGAGGGGAAGGUCACUUCGACGCUUGAGGGGGUAGAGGCUGCAAUAUAACCUGACUUGGGAGAGCUUCUCUGGAUGCUAUCGCGUCUACAUGUUGGACGUUGACCGCGGCUGCUGGUUGAAUGCCGAGGGGGGCAUGGGCCUCCACAAGGAGAUCACCCACUAGACUCUAGAGGACCAGGAACCCGACACGAAGCUCCCAGUUUGCCUCCCAACGAAUUUUUUCCUACUUCACGUUGCAGCGCGCUCGCCGGUUGAUGCGAAGUUUUCAUCGGUGGACAUCUAUGCCUCGAUCCUCUCGAAAGCCGUCUCUGUCCUCAGGAUCCGUAUCGCUAUACACGUACAGGAUGCGGAGGAUACAUCGGAUAGAAUCCCAGCCCACGACCCAGAUUCUAGGUCGAGCCAAGAUCCACUGGCGUAUCACGUCCAACGCCAGGACAGUGGUCGCGAACAGGAUGGAGCGAAGGAUAACGUUGUGACGCAGGCAGAGGGCAAACACGGUAGCGACCGAAAUCUAGAGGUGGGCGGCGCGGGCGGCGCAGGGUCAUCGUCUGAAGGAGGACACGAAUAUCGGGACGUUGGUGGACGGUGGAUAGAGAGGUUGAGCCCGUUUGAAACUCGUUCAUGGAAUUGA